AUGGCUCCACAAACUAUAAUUCCCUUUACAAGGAACCCUACAACCAUUUUGUACGCUAACAACACUGUACGCACAGAAUUUUGGUUGCGGAUUAUAUACACUGCAGAGGACAAAGUCACUUUCCGUAAAACAGGCCCUCGUCAAACCAUUAACCUGCACAGUGCGUUGCCCCCUAAUCUUGAGCUAUAUAAACCCUCUCAAACCGUUCCAACUCCCAUUCAUCCCACCACCUUCUUCACCACUUUCACCACUCCAUCUUCCACGAUCAUCACCAUCUUCAACACUUGA